AUGGAGAACGGAAACAGCCACCCAGCUCUACGUGUCCUCCGACCCAGACUUCAAACGAUCCACGAUUCGAUAUCUUAUUUCCAGCCGCCAACCAGGAGGCCUCUGAUACUCGACUCAUCUCUGCAUCUCAACGAUGCUCCCGAUGAUACACAGUGGUUGCAGCAAGAUCACAUCCCAGGCCUCAGAAAGCUCAAGGAUACCAUUAAAGUCGAUUUAGAUGUGUUGGAUAAGUUCCUUGAGGAUCCCAAGUCCGCCGACUUACCGCCUUUGUCGACGAAUGCGCCGUACCUCAUAGCGGUUUGGAACGAAGUGCUCUGUGCGCCUGGUAGAGUAGUAUCCGUUUUCAAGUCGUUUUCCUCAACGCCGCCGCCUUCUACACCAGUAUCACGCGAGACUAAGAAAGCAGGUGGUCAAAAGCCUUCUGGAAUCAAAGUUGACGUCGUAGCAGACCACGGACGUCGCUGGAUUCGAGUAAACACAAUCAAGAACUCUCGCAUCCUAGCUGAAUUUCGGGAAAUAGACUCAUACUUGACUGACUCAUCCGAUGAGGAAGAGUUAUCUGACGAAGAACCGAUUACGAAUGGGAUCCACCGCCCGUCUCGAACGCUCGCCCAAACUGAAUUUGACAACUCCAUAUUGCGCAUGGGUCGCGCUCUAGUGGAAGCUGCCAAAGCCAACACGUACGAAGUAGCGUCUGUCGAUGGGACCAAGCGAAUUACUCCACGAGUAACAUUGCGACUUACGCGGCUCGACCCGUCCGAGGAUGGCGAACCCACAGAUCCCCGGAUAGCCCAAACAAUACAAUGCCUUCAAGAUAUGGGAAUAGACGUCGCCCUAGGAGAGAGGCAAGAUGAUGAGAUCCCCGUAGUGGCCAAACCGCCCCCACUCGCGCCCGCAUCUCUGACUCUGAAACCGACGCGACGCAUCAAUCUCGAUCUCUCCGUCCUCAUCGCCCUAGUCUCGGAUCUCACACACGCCAGCCUCCCCCAAUCCGUAGAUGAAGCCAACACGCGUUUCAUUCCUCCGUCGCGCGCUAGGGAAUGGAAAAAGAAAAAAGACGUUUCGGCUGUCGAAAAUGGAUUAGAUGAACUGCCUAUGCAAUCGUCUAGUGACCUCGCUAAGCAUUCCAGGGCUUUGACGAAUCAGGUAUUGCAGGAGAUGGUCAAGGGUAUGAUACAAGAGCUGAAGGAUCGACUGCCAGAAGAAGAAGAAGAGUCUGUGGAGUUUUGGACCACGGAUGAGGCGAAGGAGCGCUGCCUUCGUAUAGUAACCAAAAUCGGGGGUCCGAACGAGAAACGGCGCGCGCGGGCCCUGUUCCUCGAUCCUGCUACGACAGGUGCAGAGGACCUGUACUGGCAGUCUUCUCGUCACCCCAAGGCGAUGAUCCCCAUACUCCCUAUACGCCUGUACGGAGCGUCGCACAAGCCAACGACGCCCGUCCCAUCCUUCUUCCAUUCCCUCCAAAACACCUGCGUAGAUAUCCUCUCCCUUGAGAAUGCCUCCGCCCGGACGAGUUCGCGAGCCGUGAUCACGAAGGCCAACCCGCGUCUGACGGCGCAUACGGUGCAGAGCUUGCUAUGGGGUGCUCGGCUGGGAUGGACGACGUUGACGGCUAAUAGGACGAGCGUGAGGGCUAUUUUGAAGGAGACGGAAGGGCGGAGGAAGGCGGCAGCGGCAGCGGCUGAGGGUGGGGUUGUUGAGGAAGAGUCGGUGGAGAGUGUUGAUGCGGCUAUUUGGAUUGUGGAUCCGCGGAGCUUGGCUGAGGGUAUGAGGUCUGAUAGUUAG